GUAACUAGGUCCGACUAGUCUUAAACAGUUCGUUACUUCUCACGCACUUUUUUCAUUCAAGAUUUCAGCUAACAGCUCUUCAUUUGCUAACAUUUAGCCCAUCUAGCAACGGGAAAAUGCGCUUAAUCAUUCCAAUGAAGCUCGGCAGCACCGCUUUACAUUUCAUAGUUGUCUAUUGUAUUCUGAUAAACAACUGGUCGGGCGCCCAAGGAGUUUCGCAAGAAGUUCCGAAAGAAAUCGAACCUCAAUGUGCCUGUAGCAAACUCUGGGCCCCAGUUUGCGGAACAGAUGGAAACACUUAUGUAAACGAAGGCUGUCUGAGAGUUCUGACUACAAAAUGCGGAACGAUAAAGUCACUCGUCAGCGAGUCUUACGAAGGUGAAUGUAAACAAGAAAAUACAGCUGCAACAGGUGAAAAAUUGUGUUCUUCUGCCUUAAUUUACGUCCUUUUUGCGACCGUCGUAGUGAACGCGUUCAGACAACAAUGAAAAAAUAAUGUAUGUCGUGCAAAAGAACAAGGAACAAAAAGCACCUGCCACAAAGAAAGUGUUCCCCUGUUUUAUCGUCGUGUUAUUUUGUUAUUGUUGCGAAUUUGUUUAUCGCGCCUUAAAUGUUAUUUUCAAAUUUCUGAACAUGAGUUGGUGUUCCGCAUUUCAGGAAUACCAAUCGGUGAACAAGAAUGAUUAAAGUAUGAAUAACCAUCUGGAUCGAUGAUUUCCAGGCACCUGUGUACAAAUGUAUGUUGUGGGAAAAUUAAAAACUAAAGAGAUUUUAAAUUA